AGGGCAGGAGGGCUCAGCCGUCCGCCAGGAAUUGGGGAAGGAGGGAAAAGAGCGGCGAGUAGGCAGCGCUGCCCUCGCACAGAGCCUUGCGAGUGGGGCCGCCGGGGACUGGUGGUGAAGGGGCCCCGAGAAACCCCAGAUACGAGAUGCUUCACGCCCUGGGCAGCUGGAGGAGCAACUGUGCCUGCGCUGCGGAGGGCCGCCGAAUCAUGUCGAUGAGCCCAAAGCAUACGACUCCUUUCUCAGUGUCUGACAUCUUGAGUCCUUUGGAGGAAAGCUACAAGAAAGUGGGCAUGGAGGGCAGUAACUUGGGGGCUCCCUUGUCAGCCUACAGACAGUCUCAGGUUUCUCAGCCGGCCAUGCAGCAGCACCCCAUGGGCCACAACGGAACGGUGACUGCCGCCUACCAUAUGACAGCGGCAGGGGUCCCCCAGCUCUCCCAUGCUACGAUGGGGGGCUACUGCAAUGGGAACCUGGGCAACAUGAGCGAGCUCCCGCCUUACCAGGACAGCAUGCGGAACAGCGCUUCGGCCACAGGAUGGUACGGCACCAACCCGGACCCCCGCUUCUCCUCAAUCUCCCGCUUCAUGGCGCCGUCCUCGGGCAUGAACAUGGGCGGCAUGGGCAGCCUCGGCUCCCUGGGAGACGUGAGCAAGAGCAUGGCCCCGCUCCAGAGCACGCCGCGGAGGAAACGGAGGGUCCUUUUUUCCCAGGCCCAGGUUUACGAGCUGGAGAGACGUUUCAAGCAGCAGAAAUACCUCUCCGCCCCGGAGAGGGAACAUUUAGCCAGCAUGAUACAUCUCACCCCGACUCAGGUCAAAAUCUGGUUCCAGAACCACCGCUACAAGAUGAAACGACAGGCCAAAGACAAGGCUGCGCAGCAGCAGAUGCAACAGGAGAACGGCUCUUGCCAGCAGCAGCAGUCUCCCAGAAGGGUGGCGGUGCCAGUGCUUGUAAAGGAUGGCAAGCCCUGCCAAGCAGGCUCCAACACACCCACGGCAGCUAUCCAGAGCCAUCAGCAGCAGGCAGCUACAACGAUCACAGUGGCUACCAAUGGCAACAGCCUCGGACAGCAUCAGAGCCACCAGACAAACAGUGCGGGGCAGUCUCCAGACAUGGGACAGCACUCGGCCAGCCCUUCCUCUCUGCAGAGUCAAGUCUCCAGUUUGUCUCACCUAAACUCUUCUACUUCUGACUAUGGCACUGCCAUGUCUUGCUCCACCUUGCUAUACGGUAGGACCUGGUGAAAGGAUUAAACAAAGCAAAAGAAAAAAAAAAAAAAGGAAAAAGAAAAAGAAAAAAAGAGCAGAUUUUCCCAGUCACACAAAUCUCUGUCCUGUCCUAACUACUGGGUGGUUUUCUUUUCUUUUUUUUUUUUUUUUCUUCCUUUCUUUUUUAUCGCUUUUCCCUCCCCGUUUUACUGAGUGGUUCUCUGAGGACCUCUGAGAGAGACUUUUUGUUGUUGUUCAGUUUUGUUGUUACUCUUGAUGGUUUUGGGUCUUUUUUUUUUCCUUUUAUUUUUUUUCCCCCAAGGUUGUUGUAUGGGGUGUUAAAAAAAUAUCUGACUAAUAACCACGGAGCAAUCUGCAGAAAGGGGACCAUCGGUAGGCAUGGCCCGAAGGCUUGGAUUUCAGAUGUACACUUUGCCAGCGUCUAGGACUUGCAUGUAAAUAUAGAGAUUUUGGGGGAUGGGGUGGUUUUCCCAAAAAAAACCGCAUUCGCGUCACCCAGACACAAGAAGCAGCUUCCCCCCUCCCCCGGUCUCCUCUCCCAGCCCCGCCGCCGGGGCCAGAGGAUGGAGACGUGGAGUCAUCAAAGGCUUGGCUUUUAUUUUCCUCUUUACGUUUGAUGUGAACCUGUAGCUGUAUAAUGCUGUCAAAAGUUGGACUAAACCCAUAGUUUUUAGUAGCCUGUAUAUUUUGUUGUAAAAAGAUAAAAAAAAUACAAUCAACCAAACCAACCCCCACCUUUUUUAUGGACACUGAUCGCCCCGUCGUAAAUCCUCUGGCAGUUUGUUAUUUGCGCACGCCGCCUUUUCCUGUUGUAACUUAUGUAGAUAUUUGGCUUAAAUAUAGUUCCUAAGAAGCUUCUAAUAAAUUAUACACAUUACGAAUAUUCUUUUUUAUUUUAUGUUAUUUCCCUUUGGUUCCCCCUCCCGAGCCUUCCUUCCCCGCAUCUUUUUCUUUUUUCUUUUUUGUUUCUUUUUUUUUUCGUCUUUGCUUGAUGGAAAAACAACCCGGGACGCUGCCCAGCCCUGAAAGGCCCCUGCCCCUCCCAGGGCCCGGACCCUGUCCCAGAGGGGAGCUGCGCCAGGGAGUAAACGGGAUGCAGGAUCGGUCCUUAGCGUGCAGAAGUGACAAGAAAACGCGCGGGAUUCACAGCCUCGAGAGCGAAGGGGUCGAGUCCAAAUUCAUUAGCCCGAUUAUUGGGGGGCGGGGGGCACCUCAGAGACUUCUUGCUAGAGAAAGCAAAGUAUUCCGGGAGUAGAAAUUCAAAUGCCAAAGGCACGGAGGAGAAAGAAGGUAAAAAUCUAUCGCCACUAGAAACAAAUUAACGAAGAAUCUGCUGACGGUAUAGAACAUGCGGCCGAUUUAAAAAGCGUCCAGUUUUAAUAUCUUGUGAAAAAAAAAAAUUUCUACCAGGUUUUCCCAUGUACUUGUAUUUUAAGGGGAGGACAGUCACCUUAUCUAUAAUCAAAAUUAAAAGAUAGUUUAUUGUCUAAGACACGUAGUUUGAAUUAACUUUCUUUAUCAGACUGUAUUUGAUUUUCUGCACGUACCCACCUCCGCAAGCGCACACGCACACGCACACACGGCCACGCAGUUUCUCCUGCCCACGUCCACCCAUUACCCAGGCAAAAGGUUAGCCGCAGGCUGCAUCUCAGUUUAACGCAGAUUGCUUUGUGGG